AUGCCCGGCCUAGCCCGCAAACUAACCAUCCAUGCCUCUCCUGACGGGCUGAUCAUCCACCCUCAAAACAUAUCCAAAGGCCUGAUCCGCAUCAACGAUCCUCAACCCAAGAAUCCUCACUCACAUACCCGCUCGCCCUCUGCGUCAGCGCUCGCCACGGCCCCUGUGCGCAUUCGCUAUGGGGAUGGGGCCAUCUCUACCGUGGCGAGGAGUAGUUUGGCUGCUGGGGGAGUGGGGGAUUUGGCGGGGUUGGUGAGAGAAGGGGAGGCGUUUGAGGCUUUUGGAGUUGUGGGCCUGAUCCGCGUCUUCCGCCACAUCUACCUAGUCACCAUCACCGGUCGUGAACAAGUCGCCUCCAUCCCCUACCGCGGCGGCACCGCUCCCGUCUACGUCAUAACUGACGUCGCCCUCACCCCCUGCACCUCCCAUGAAGAAGCCCGCGCCGCAGUAUCCAAAACCUCUGCUGCCUUACGUAAAGCCCAGCAACAUCAAAAAGGCAGACUCUCCUCCGACUCAGCAUCCAGCCGCUCCUCCAAAGCCGCCAGCGCUAACAAUUCCUCUGGGGACGAUGAAAGCAGUCCCGAGGGUGACGACAACGAGAACGCGAUUGAAGGUGAAGUCGAUGAUGAUGAUGUUGUGGCUGGCCAGGGUAAGCAGGGCGGACCAUCAUCAUCAGCAGCAGCCCCGGAGACAGGAGACCCGCCCUCCCGACGAAGCAGCAUCGCACAGGAUGUGAUUGAGCGCCGGGGCAGUUAUGGUCGGUUCGCAAAGAAAUGGUUCAGCCGUAGUGGCUGGGCGAUCGAUCAGAAGCGAAUGAUGGGCCUGUCGUCAAGCGCGACGGGGAAUGACAGCAGUGAUAGUCUGCCGAGCAGUAUCAAGAAAGCGUCAAUCGGUGGCAAGACUGCCGGUCCCAGCGCUGGAAGGAAUGGCACGGACAUGCCGGACGGGAGUGAGGCGGCGGUGAGGUUGUUGCCAAAGCUGUUGCGGACGAGUCAGAUGCUUUUUGGGUCGAGCAGGACGUUCUUCUUUUCGUAUGAGUGCGAUAUUACAAGGAGUGUGGCGGCGGAGGUUGCGAGGACCCCUCCUCCUUCGCCGUUGGUGCCGCUGCAUCGGCUGGUGGAUCAGACGUACUUCUGGAACAGGCAUGUCCUCCAGCCGUUUAUUGACGCUGGGCUGGACAGUUUGGCAUUGCCUUUGAUGCAGGGGUUUGUUGGGCAGAGGACGUUUAUUGUUGACAGCCAGCCGCCGCAGGUUGAUCCUGACGGUGGUGGUGGGACAGGAGGGGGAGGGGGUGGAGGAAGCAAGAAAGGGAAAGUUGUGGUAAAGGAGAGCGUUGAGUUGGAGGAUUUUGGGUCCAGAGCGGCAUCGCCUACCCCGCCAGAGCCGUCGAUGCGUCCGACGGAGAGGAAGUUCGAUAUUACGGUGAUUUCGAGGAGGUCUACCAAACGAGCUGGGUUGAGAUACUUGAGGAGGGGUAUUGAUGAAGAAGGGAAUGUGGCCAACUGCGUCGAGACAGAGCAGAUCCUUUCGCCGGCAGGCGUACCUUGGGAUGGGCCCAAUGUGAAGGUUCAUUCGUUCGUCCAGACGCGCGGUAGCAUCCCGCUGUUCUUCACCCAAUCUCCCUAUUCGCUCAAACCGGUGCCUGUGAUGCAGCACUCAGAGGAGACCAACUUCUCCGCGCUCAAAAAGCACUUUGAGGGCUUGAAGAGACAGUACGGCUCAGUACAGGUUGUCAACCUUGUCGAAAAGCAGGGUGUCGAGGCACCAAUCGCCGAGGCAUACCAACGGAACAUUCAGCGACUCAACGAGGAGGAACUGCAGAAGGACUCUGACAAAGUAGCCUUUGAGUGGUUCGACUUCCAUGCCGUUUGCCGUGGCAUGAAGUUCGAGAACGUCGCGCUCCUCCUAGAAAGCCUCCGCGGCAAGCUAGAAGGUUUCGGCAGUACUGUGCUGGCCGGCGGACAACUUGUGUCGCGUCAGCAGGGGAUUCUAAGGACCAACUGCAUGGAUUGUCUUGACCGGACGAAUGUCUGUCAAAGCUCGUUUGCUAAGCACAUGCUGGAAGUACAGCUCCAGGAGGAAGGCUUUGAUUUAACUAUCCAACAAGACCAGCAGCAGGUGUGGUUUAACACCCUGUGGGCCGAUAACGGAGAUGCCAUUUCGAAGCAAUACGCUUCAACCGGCGCCAUGAAGGGCGACUAUACCCGAACUAGGAAGAGGGAUUAUCGCGGUGCGUUGACCGAUGCUGGGUUGUCGUUGACACGACUGUUCAAUGGCAUGUUUAAUGACUUCUUCCUCCAAGCCAGCAUCGACUUCCUGCUAGGCAACGUGACCGCCCUCGUCUUCGAAGAGUUCGAGACGACCAUGAUGACCAAGGACCCGGCCGUCUCCAUGCAAAACAUGCGCCAGCAAGCCAUCGAGCUCUGCCAAAAGCGUGUCGUAGCCGACGAAAAGGAAGAAUUCAUCGGCGGCUGGACGCUAUUAACCCCCAAGACCCCAGAUACAGUCCGCUGCACCAACCCCGACAUGGAGGAAGCAGUUUUGCUGCUGACCGAUGUAGCGUUGUACCUGUGUCGGUUCGAUUGGAGCCUGGACAAGGUAUCAUCCUUCGAGCGCGUCGAUUUGGCGCAUGUCACCAAGAUUCAGUUCGGGACGUACAUUACAUCGACGAUUGCCCCGUCCCAUCUGGACGAGAUGCGCAACAUUGGAAUCGUGAUCGAGUACCGGCCGGGUACGACCGACAUUACCAGGGUUAACACCCGGUCGCUGUCAAGUAACUUGGGAACGGGACUAGAAUCGGUCGAGCAAGCCCCUGCACAGUCAGCCUUCGCCAACUUCCUCUCCCGCCGGCCACAGAGCACCGUCCCUUCCCCACGGAAGAUCGCGCUGAAAGCGCUCUACAGCCAAACCUCCGUGGCUGACCCCCUCGCGCAGGAUAAGGCCGACGAGCCGGGGGCCAUUACACGGUUGUCUGAGGUGCAGCAGAUGCUUGUGAUCGCGACGGAGAUUGAGCGGUGGGCAAUUAUGAACCAGCCGCGCGAGGCGGGUAGUAAUGCGGCCGAGCCUAGCCUGAUUGAGCGUGGGGAUAUCGUGUCGGUGGCUGAGGCGAAGAAGAACACGGGGCUGUUCGAGCAGCUGGGGCAUUCGAUUAAGAAGUUGGUGUGGGCGUGA